ACUAGUAGUACCGUACAAGUUUGACUUUCAGUUUCACAACAAUGCCCGAUUCUUUAUAUCAGUUCUCUCAUUGGACAACACGACUUUCACUUCCUUAAAAGUCAGCAGCUGCUGCUGCUGCUAUUACUACCGCUCAUGUAAACGACAACAAAAGAGUAAGUUAGAUGUUUUCCUAAUAAUAUGAUAAUGGCCAUCACAAACGGUACUAAUUCGUAUCAGGUUUUUCAUGACGCUAUUCACGGAUCUAUGGAGUUGCCGCCUCUCUGUGUAGAGAUUAUCAAUACGAUACAAUUUCAGAGAUUACGGAACAUCAAACAAUUAGGUUUGUGUUAUUAUGUUUUUCCAUCAGCUUCGCAUAAUAGAUUCGAGCAUUGUCUGGGGACAUGUUACUUAGCUGGGAAAAUGAUUCGUCAUCUUAACCAACAAAAGGCUCCUCCGAAAGUAUCUGAACGCGAUAUACUUUGCGUGGAAAUUGCUGGUUUGUGUCAUGAUUUAGGACAUGCGCCGUUUUCGCAUGUCUCUGAAGGUUUUAUUAAUGAAAAUCGAAGAACAGAUAAUAAAUGGAAACAUGAAGAUGCAUCGUGUAAAAUGUUGGAUCAUCUUCUUAAAGAGAACCCACAUGUUAAAGAAAAACUGAAGCCUGAUGAAAUUGCUUUCAUAAAAGAUCUUAUCAUUGGUAAAUCAGGAAAAUCCGCGAAACCACAAUUUCUUUACCAAAUUAUCAACAAUGCUUCCUAUAACAUCGACGUUGAUAAAUGGGAUUAUCUGGCGAGAGAUUCCCAUUUUCUUGGCAUUGGAAAAUCAUUUGAUCACGAGAGAAUGAUGAAAAUGUCCAAAGUAAUAGAUGGUGAAAUAUGCUACAGAGACAAAUGUCUUGAUAAUUUCUAUGAUAUGUUCUAUGCACGAUAUCGAUUACAUAAAACAGCUUACCAACACAAAACUGUUCUUUUGUUUAAUAAACUACUUGGCGAGGCCUUCAAAUCCGCAGAUAAACACCUGAAAAUCUUCGAAAAGGUCGACGAUAUGAAGGAAUUUACUUAUUUUACAGAUUGUAUUUUGGAAGAGAUAUUAAAGAAUGAGGAUAAUGAAAGUCUCAAAGAGGCCCAGAAUAAAUUGAAGGAUAUAAUCCAUCGGUCUUAUGAAUACAAAGGCACAUGCAAAGUUGGAAAGGAUCAAGGCAAAAAAGAGGGAAUGUUAUUCUGUGAAGCUAAUUUGGAUUAUAGUGCUGGAAAAGAAAACCCUUUAAAGAAAAUACUCUUUUAUAAAAAAAAUGAGGACAAAUCAUUUAAAUAUAAGCCAUCUGAACUAUCAAAUAUGCUUUUGUUGCCAAGCGAAUUUCAGAUGAAAAUUGUUUAUUGCUUUGAAAAGAAGAAAGUUGCUUAAAAGAA